CCCCCCCUUGUACAUCCAUCAUGGCAGAGCCGUCUCCGAGUUGGUGGAAGCUGACUUUCCUCAGGAGGAAGAAUUCCCAGCCCAAAGUCCAGUAUGAAAUCCCUGCGGCGUUGGUUACCAACAGUGCCACAGCCCAUCAUGGAUCCAGCACAGGGGGAGCUGCCCUCCACCCGGAGGAGGGGGCACUGGACGCCCGACUGGAGAGGAUCAUGGAUAAGACGUUGGCCAGCAAAGGGCGCAAUGUCAAGGUGUCUCACUCCGGGAGGUUUAAGGAGAAGAAGAAAGUGCGUGCUGCGCUGGCGGGGAACCCAGAGAUGUUGCCUGGGGAGGGCGCAGCGAAGGACGCGGCCCAUCCAGAGGGGCAGUGAGAGGACACAAGUGCACAUUGGAAAAUGACAGCAACGCAUUCAUAGGGAGAUUGUGUAAUGGGGAGUUUGAAUGUACCGCUCUCUUUCCUUGCCCUCAGUCAAUGGAGGCUAAAAUUGGGGGAAACUCUAAAACUCAAUGUCUUCCAGGGAAGAAACCAAUUUCACAAUCACCACAAAGACACAAAUCAGUCUGAGUGAAAUUUAGACUCUCACUUGAUAAACAUAUGCCUGUUUCAUAUUAUCUACCAUUUUCAAAACAUGAAUCAUCCAUAAAUAAAAUCAUCAUUAAAUCAAACCUUUUAAAAACAUCUUAAACACACUUAGUCUGAGACUACUGCUUAGUGCUUACUGCUUAUCAGCUCUACAGCUUCACCCCUCGAGCUUUCACUGGAGCACCAACGAACUACAGUACAUGCCUUGAAAACCACGUCACACAGCCCACGUGCACGUGUUUCCUUUGUUGGUGCCAGUGAAGCCCAGCAGGGGGCAGCCUUCCUCCAACCAGAAACCUUGCUGCCAAUCCAAGCUCUGUCCUCAUAAAAUAAGAUUUCUACUGUACUUUGUAAAAACAGCUUCAUGAAUAAAUGAGUAAAUAUCAUCUGAUUUUAUGCGGGGUUUUAUUUCCAU